AUGGACAAGUUUCUGUCCACACCCGACGGCCUCAGACACACGCGGCCGUCGGGCAAAAUGGCGCCUGACUCACCAGGCACAAGCAGCACGGCCGGAUCCAUAGCAGGCUCCACGCAAGCAGACACCCUAACCCAGAUAUCUGCUGAGCUAGCAGCCAUAGCCUCCAACAUGCUGACAAAGGCAGACAAGGUGACCCUGGUACAGGAAAUGCGCUCCUCUAUCAGGGAAGAGAUUCAAGAG